AAUGCAAUCUUUCAUUAUUCCAAACCUAGCUAAUCAAAUAUUUCUUAAAUCAUGGCUUUCACUCGAAAACUUCUCUUGUUUCUCACAUUCUUCAUUCAAGUCAAAGGUAUACAACCAUGUAUUUUCUCAAAUCUUGGAACCAUUCAUCAUAGUAUUCAAAAGAAUCAAAAUCCUACAAACUCAAAACCAUGCAACACAUACACUUUCCCAAACAACCUUAGCUACGCAACAUGCAACGAUUUACCCGUUUUAGAAUCUUCUUUGCAUUGGAACUACUAUCCAAAAACUAACAAAGUUGAUAUUGCAUUCAAGAAAAAUAAUGCAAAAGAUUCAAGUUGGAUUGCUUGGGCCAUAAACCCUACUUCAAAGGGUAUGAUAGGAUCACAAGCCCUAAUCGGCUAUCGAAGAUCCGAUGGAGGUUUCAAAGCGUAUACAUCGUCGAUAACAAGUUAUUCAACUAUGUUACAAGAGGGUAAUCUCAGUUUUCCCAUUUACGAUGUGUCCGGAAUGUAUGUAAACGGUAGCAUGAUGAUUUUUGCUCGUUUGGAACUUCCUAGAAACCUGAGUUUGGUUAAUCACGUUUGGCAAGAAGGGUUAGUUUCUGAUGAUGGAAGUUUGAUAGCACAUGCUAUGACAGGACCUAAUGUUCAAAGUUUUGGAAUUUUGGAUUUUAAAUCAGCAAUCGUUUCUAAGAAUAUCGGUGGAAAAUUGAAGUCAAGAACGAUGUUAAGAAACGUACAUGGAAUAUUGAAUGCUGUAGGUUGGGGAACAUUAAUGCCAAUUGGAGUAAUAUUAGCUCGCUACUUGAAGUCAUUUGAUGGAUCAAUAGGACCAAUAUGGUUUCACUUGCAUAGAGCAUGUCAAUCUCUAGCAUUAUUAAUUGGCACUAUUGGUUUUGGCACUGGUUUAUAUUUGGGAAAACAACCAGGACAACAUGACACUCCACAUAGAUGUGUUGGAAUCACUCUAAUGACUUUAGCACUUGCUCAAGUUUGUGUUGCAUUUUGUCUUAGGCCAAAGAAGGAUCACAAGUAUAGAAUAUGGUGGAACAUUUUUCAUAUUAUAGUUGGUUAUUCAACUAUUAUCUUAGCUAUAUGGAAUGUCUUCAAAGGCUUCGACAUCUUGGUUUAUAGGCUAAAGGGUAUUGAUGUCAUGUGGAAAUAUAUUUAUGCUUGUGUAAUUGGAUUUUUGGGUUUAAGUGCUUUUGUUUUAGAGGUGGUAACUUGGAUUAGGUUAUUGAUCAAGAAGAAGAAGAAGACGACUCAAGAACUUGAUGUAUAGGUUAAAGCGUUGUUUAUUAGUGAUUGUAUUCAAAAUGUUGAUGGUUAUUUUGUUUAUUUAGGUUAAAAAUCUCUACUCGUUGAUGUGUUCGAGUAUCCUUUAUACUCAUGCAUGUAAAAUACUUUUGAAUGAAAAUAAAAGUUAGUCAUCAUUGUCAUUUCCUUUA